AUGAGGCGGAUCAGACUAGUGCAGGGCAGUGAAGAUUUGCAGAUUCGGCUUCCUUUUGCGCAGCGGCUCCGAGCUAAGCGGCGGGUGCAGGUGGAUGCAGAGGAGGCUGCUGGCAGUGGGGAAGGAGGGCGCAGUGGGAACGUGGACUCUUCGCUUGCUGACCGAGAGCUGUGCACUGGGGAAGGCAGCAGGAAGGGGAGUUUGCAAAAGCUUUUUGCUUCCCCAGAUUUCAGGUUAAAUUAUGGAAUUUCCCUUAGUGUUGUAGGUUCUGACUGGGGCAGAAAUGGCUUGUUGCAGUUACGUUUUUUUUUUUUUUUUUUCUCUCCUCUGCACUAUGUGGUGUGUAAACGGAAGCUGGAAAGUAAAAAGGAGGCCUUGCUAAUCCUUUCCAAAGAGCUGGACACUUGUCAGCAGGAGAGAGACCAGUACAAGCUCAUGGCCAACCAGCUGCGGGAACGGCACCAGGCUCUGAAAAAGAAAUACCGGGAGCUGAUUGAUGGGGACCCAUCUCUUCCCCCUGAAAAGAGAAAACAGGCAAAUCUUGUUCAGCUACUGAGUGAGGCUCAAGAUCGAAACAAACAUCUUGGUGAAGAGAUUAGAGAGCUUCAACAGAGACUAGGAGAAGUACAAGGGGACAAUAAGCUCCUUCGGAUGACAAUAGCAAAACAAAGACUUGGAGAUGAAGAGAUUGGGGCUCGCCACUUUGCAGCACAUGAACGUGAAGACCUCGUUCAACAACUGGAGAAAGCUCGAGAACAAAUUGAGUCUCUGAGACUUGAUCUUCAGUCUGCAUUGGAUGAGCUAGAGGAUUUGAAAGAAGAACGCUCUUUUUACCAAGAUAAGGCUGACAGACUAAACCAAGAGCUUAAUCAUGUCUUAGGAGGGCAUGAAAACCGUAUCAUUGACAUAGAUGCUCUGUGUAUGGAGAACAGAUAUCUUCAGGAGAGGAAGAUCAACCUUCAAGAGGAAAUAAACCUUCUUAAGUCUAAUAUUACUAAAUACAAGAAUGCACUAGAGAGGCGAAAAAAUUCGAAGACUCAGAGUAGAUCCAGUAGCAGUGCUCUGACUGGAGUCCUUUCUGCAAAGCAAGUCCAAGAACUGUUGUCGGAGGAUCAAGGAUGUAGCCUGCCAGUCACAUCACAGUCCAUUUCAGAUCUCAAAUCACUGGCCACUGCACUGCUGGAGACUAUCCAUGAGAAAAACAUGAUCAUACAACACCAAAGACAAACCAACAAAAUUCUAGGUAAUCGAGUGGCAGAACUAGAAAAAAAGUUAAGAACUUUGGAAAUUGCUGGCUUGUGGAGUCUUCCAGGCCUGAGCUACAAUGUCUCAGUGGGAUUUGGGAGUGGAAAGGAUACUAUAACAUUCAGUGAUCCAAAUAUCCCUGUUAUGCAGCGGUCUAGGUCACCCUUGUUAGCAUCUACAGACAAGCCACAGGAAACUGAAGUACAAGCAGAACAAAAGGGAGAACGUGAUGAAACUUGUGCUGUUGCAAGAGAAACUGAUAAAGAGGAAAAUGAUAAAGAUUCUGCCAAUUCCCCAGCAAACUUAAAUAACAGUAACCAAAAUAAAUAUUUUUAUCCUUCAUUACCUCAAUUACCUUAUGAGGAAGGAGAAAUAAGCGAGUUUGGAAGUCAAAUAAAUAAACUACCAGAAGAACAGGACGUUGCAGAACUGGAAGGGAAGGGAGCAGAAAAUUCAGCAGAGGCUGCAAACACGUUAGUUGGACCUGAGCUUAAUGGUUCAUCUGAGGGAGAGCUUCCUCUCUCCAGCCCUGGCCGAUCCAAGCACACAGAUCCCUCAGCCUCAGAGAGUGAACAGGCAGCUGAGACUGAUGUCCUGAAAGACAGUGGUGAAACCGUGGAGAGCAACGGUGAAAUUACAAAAGGAAAAGGGAAUCAAAAUAGCAGCUCUGUGGAUAUUGAGGGCCCUGGAAGGCCUGGAGGUCUCCAUGUUACAACUGCUCACACAGAUGACAGCUCUGAGGAGCAAUCUGAAUCUGAAGUUCUCCAGUCUUGGGUAAAGUAA